AUCGGCAUGUUCAGCUGAAGUUUGACAAACAAAACCGAAAGCAACAUGAAGUCAACUUUCUUUUCGCUUGCCGUUGCGCUUGCUCUCUUUACUGGCAAAGUGUAUACUGCCGAUAAAUGCCACUUGCGUGAAGUCGAUCUGUGCGCUGUACCCAUUGCUAGUACUAAUAAAGUCCCGGCGACAGAGGAGGAAAUCGACAAAUACUGCGCCAUAGCUACCGAAGCUAAGCAAUGCCUUGAGAACUACCUAGCCCAGUGUUCUACGCCGAUCCAGAGGGAGGUCUACGCCUGGGCUACCAAGGACCCACUGAAGAACACUGCUGACUUCUGCGAGAAGGGCAGCACCCAGCGCAACGACUAUCUUAAAUAUGCCCCAUGCCUUGUCAAGGCCCAAUCCGAGGGCAAACAGUGUACUGAUGAUAUCCAUGCUGCUUUAGAGAAACUUGAGACUGCCACAUUCGCCGACCGUAUCCCCACUGCGUGCUGCAUUUACCAUCGUUACGAGAAGUGCGUGUCGGAUAUCGUCGAGACUCAUUGUGGCAAGGAGGCUGUCACGCUUGCCACAGAGAUUGUCCAGCGUCACGCGGGCGUGUCUCCUCAAAUAAUAUGCCAUGGAUUCGAUGGUAGCUCGGAUCAAUGCAAAAACCUUCUUCCACCGCCUGGCACCAAGGCUUCGGGUAACGCAAAGUCACUGCUCGGUCGUCUCUUCUCUCUUUACGUUUCGUAGACGUUACGCUAAGCGUUUGGACGGAUUAUCGACAAAAAUAAACCUGCUGCUGAGUCCGGACACGUGAAAUGCGGCACGCGCUUAUGCCAAUCAGAUGUUCGUAUGGAAAAUUAAAUAGUUUUUGAAGCUUCCAAAGAAAGCUAAAAACGGAGGCUUUAAAAGCUUCUGUGUUAGCCAAACAAUAUCAUUGAUUCGAGUACGGCUGAGUUUUAAUAAGCGCUAGUGAAAAUUCAAAUAUGGCAAAUUAUGUUUAUCCAAAUAAAGUUUGACAGCAUUUUUUAA